AUGGCCGAGACCCCCACGUAUCAGAUCCUGGUGCGUCUCCUCGACGGGCGCACUAGAUGUCUCAGCUUCUCCACGCCCACCGUUUCCGGCGCCGUGCUCCUCGACGCCGUCGCGUCGAUCUCUCGCGUCCCCGCCGCCGCCCUCCGCCUCGUCACCGGCCGCAUCGACGUCUCGCCGUACAACGUCCUCACCUCAGCCGCUGAUGGCCAGUUCCCCUCCACGUCCGCGCUCCUCCGCCUUCGAGGAGGCAAGGGCGGGUUCGGCUCCCUCCUCAGAGGGGCCGCCUCCAAGGCGGGGCAGAAGAAGACCAGCAACUUUGACGCCUGCCGCGACAUCAACGGUCGCCGCCUCCGCCACGUCAACGCCGAGCGCCGCCUCGAGGAAUGGAAGGCCGAGGCCGCCGACCGCCAGCUAGAAAAGCUCGCCGAGAACUUCAUCAAGAAGAAGGCCAAGGAGGCGGGCCGCGGCGGCGGACCCUCAGCUGCUGAGGUGGACAAGUACCUGGAGAAGUACCGCAAGGAUGCUGAGAUCUGCGUCAACGCGGUUGAGGAGUCCGUGCGUGCAUCUCUUGGAAAGAGGAAGACCGCGCCUAAGCCGCCCUCUGGCGCAGACUCUAAGAAGCUUAAGAAUUGGUUGGGAAAGAACAAAGUAGAAGAAGAUGAAAGUGAUAGUGAUAGUGACAGUGAUGUGGAUGAUGAGGACAGUGAAGAUGAUGAGAGCGCAGAUGCAAAAUCUGUAGUAGUUGAUGACGGGAAUUGCUCAAAUGGAUCCAGCAAAAAUGAGGAGGAGAAGCUUGAUAUGGGUUCUGUAUCUGGGUCACAUUCAGAAGGAGAGUCCUCAGGGGGAAAGUCCCAGCACAGCAAUUCAGAGGAAAAUGUAAAAUGUGUCCAGUCAACUGUGGAACUGACAACAAGAUCAGGAGCUGAAGGUGGUGACUUUGAAUCUGAUGGUAGUGCGGAGCCUGAGGUAGGAAUGGUGGAUCAUCCCAUUUCUGUGAACAGUGCCGUUGCUGCUGCUUCAGAAGAAGUGAAAGCAGAUGAGGAUAACACUACUUCAGCUACUUCAUACCAAAACAAUACAGAGGUGCCACAAGUUGAAGAAGCACUGAAAGCAGAUGAGGAUAACACUGCUUCAGCUACUUCAAACAAAAACAAUCCAGUGGUGCCACAAGUAGAAGAAUAUGCUGAUGCCAGCAAAUCUUAUUCAGAGCCAUUGGACCUUGCAAAGUACAGUUCAGCUGCAGAAUUGGAGGUGCUUGGUCUGGAGAAGCUAAAAAUAGAGCUGCAAUCUCGUGGAUUAAAAUGUGGUGGAACUUUACAGGAGCGAGCUGCCCGACUCUUCCUUCUGAAGACAACUCCAUUGGAUAAGUUACCAAAGAAGCUGCUCGCAAAGGCCACUACUGGGGAGAAGUGA